AGUUUUCCGAAUGGCUUCCACUGCGCAUGUACCUUUAUGUUUUGAUUCUGUCAACUGAUGUUCUGAUAGCUAGCUAGGUUAAGCUUUGCAAGUAAAAUCACAGACACACAAUUAGCAUUAUAACAUUAGCCCUUGACCAGCUACUAGUAUUUCAUCAGAUUCGUUUGCUAUUCAACCCGUGGAAGCUAACACAGCGCUGAUGAUGUCGUAAGGAGAGCUGUUUAGCAACUCAAGGAUGGAGGGUCAAGAGUCAUCCUGUUCCUCAGCUACACCAGAGAGAAGCUCCAACACUCCAGAACCAGUCAGGUCCUCGACCUCCAAACACAGGAAGUCACCUAAGAGACGACGGGAGGAGAAGAGGUCCCAAUGCCACCAUCAGGAUGACCAGGAACACCUGUUGCUGCCCGAUGGCGAGCAAAUCAGGUUGCCGGGCCAACACGAACACUCCGAGCCCUCUGGGUCUUCGACGGCAGAGAUGGCAGAGACCUCCCCUAAGAGGAGAGCUCACUUUCUCCAUGGACCAUAUCCUGCUACUCACUUUGGACCCAAAGCCUGUAUUCUUCCUAACCCAACCUCCGUCAUGCACAUCCAGGAUCCGGCCAGUCAGCGCCUGACAUGGAACAAACCACCAGUCAACGUUUUAGUCAUCAGGAAGAUACGAGACGAGAGCCUGGUAGAACCAUUCAAAGAACUCUGCCACUUCCUCGUUGAGGAGAAGGGUAUGCUGGUGUUUGUGGAGAGGAGGGUGGUGGCUGACGUCUCCCUGACUACGGACGAGACCUUCGCCACAAUCCGAAAACAACUCUGUACCUUUAGAGAAGGUUAUGAUGACAUCUCUCACUGUAUUGACCUCAUCAUCUGUCUGGGAGGAGACGGGACUCUACUCUACGCCUCCUCUCUCUUCCAGGGCAGUGUUCCUCCAGUUAUGGCGUUCCAUCUGGGUUCUCUGGGUUUUCUGACACCGUUUAAGUUUGAAUCAUACAAGACAGAGGUGGCUAAAGUUUUUGAAGGUAAUGCAGCCAUCACACUGCGUAGUCGUCUGAAGGUGAAGGUGGUGAAGGACAUGCUCCAGAGGACAGGCCAGCCAGGCCAGCAGCAGUACCAGGGGUCUGGGGGCCAAGGCCAAGCUGGGGGCCAGCCGGACACAGAGCAUAAUGGCCUGCUGCCCCAUGGACACGCCAACAGCGAGGCUGGGAACAUUACCCUACAGAUGCAGGUUCUGAAUGAGGUGGUGGUGGACCGAGGCCCUUCCUCCUACCUGUCUAAUGUUGACCUGUACCUAGAUGGACGCCUCAUCACCUCUGUACAGGGAGACGGUGUGAUCGUGUCGACCCCUACAGGCAGUACAGCGUAUGCAGCAGCAGCGGGAGCCUCAAUGAUCCAUCCUAAUGUCCCAGCCAUCAUGGUCACACCAAUCUGCCCACACUCCCUCUCCUUCAGACCCAUAGUGGUGCCUGCUGGGGUCGAGCUGAUGAUCACCCUCUCCCCUGAUGCCAGGAACACAUGCUGGGUGUCAUUCGAUGGCAGGAAGAGACAGGAGAUCAGCCAUGGAGACUGUAUAAAGAUCACUACGUCGUGCUAUCCGGUACCAUCCAUCUGUUGUCAUGAUCUGGUGUACGACUGGUUUGAGAGCCUGGCUCAGUGUCUGCACUGGAACGUCAGAAAGAAACAAGCUCGUCUGGCUGACGAUGUCUCGGACUCCUCAGAUACAGAGAACUGAACACAGACAGACAGACACACAAAUGUGCACAGGAAUUGAAAACACACAAGCACAUAAGAAUAUAUACAGUUGAAGUCGGAAGUUUACAUACACGUUGGAGUCAUUAAAACUUGUUUUUCAACCACUCCACACCACUAGUUUGGCAAGUCGGUUAGGACACCUACUUUGUGCAUGACACAAGUAAUUUUCCAAACAAUUGUUUACAGAUUAUUUCACGUAUAAUUCAUUGUAUUACAAUUCCAGUGGGUCAGAAGUUUACAUACACUAAGUUGACUGUGCCUUUUAAACAGCUUGGAAAAUUCCUGAAAAUGAUGUCAUGGCUUUAGAAGCUUCUGAUAGGCUAAUUGACAUCAUUUGAGUCAAUUGGAGGUGUACCUGUGGAUGUAUUUCAAGGCCUACCUUCACACUCAGUGCCUCUUUGCUUGACAUCAUGGGAAAAUCAAAAUAAAUCAGCCAAGACCUCAGAAAAAAGGCUCAUCCUUAGAGCAAUUUCCACAUUUCUGAUGGUACCACAUUCAUCUGUACAAACAAUAGUACGCAAGUAUAAACAUCAUGGGACCACGGAGCCAUCAUUCCGCUCAGGAAAGAGACGCGUUCUGUCUUCUAGAGAUGAACGGACUUGGUGCGAAAAGUGCAAAUCAACACCAGAACAACAGCAAAGGACCUUGUGAAGAUGCUGGAGGAAACAGGUACAAAAGUAUCUAUAACAACAGUAAAACGAGUUCUAUAUCGACAUAACCUGAAAGGCCGUUCAGCAAUGAAGAAGCCACUGCUCCAAAACCGCCAUGAAAAAGCCAGACUACAGUUUGCAACUGCACAUGGGGACAAAGAUCAUGCUUUUGUGGAGAAAUGUCCUCUGGUCUGAUGAAACAAAAAUAGAACUGUUUGGAGGAAAAAGGGGGAGGCUUGUAAACCGAAGUACAUCAUCCCAACUGUGAAGCACAGGGGUGGCAGCAUCAUGUUAUUGGGGUGCUUUGCUGCAGGAGGGACUGGUGCACUUCACAAAAUAGAUGGCUUCAUGAGGAAAGAAAAUAAUGUGGAUAUAUUGAAGCAACAUCUCAAGACAUCAGUCAGGAUCAGCCAAGUUAAAGCUUGGUUGCAAAUGGGUCUUCCACAUGGACAAUGGCCCCAAGCAUACUUCCAAAGUUGUGGCAAAAUGGCUUAAGGAUAACAAAGUCAAGGUAUUGGCGUGGCCAUCACAAAGCCCUGACCUCAAUCCUAUAGAAAAUUUGUGGGCAGAACUGAAAAGGCGUGUGUGUGCAAGGAGGCCUACAAACCUGACUCAGUUACACCAGCUCUGUCAGGAGGAAUGGGACAAAAUUCACCCAACUUAUUGUGGAAGUUUGUGGAAGGCUACCCGAAACGUUUGACCCAAGUUAAACAAUUUAAAGGCAAUGCUACCAAAUACUAAUCGAGUGUAUGUAAACCUCUGACCCACUGGGAAUGUGAUGAAAGAAAUAAAAGCUGAAAUCAUUCUCUCUACUGUUAUUCUGACAUUUCACAUUCUUAAAAUGAAGUGGUGAUCCUAACUGACCUAAGACAGGGAAUUUUUACUAGGAUUAAAUGUCAGGAAUUGUGAAACUGAGUUUAAAUGUAUUUGGCUAAGGUGUAUAUAAACAUCCGACUUCAACUGUAUGUGUAUAUAUAUAUAUAUAAACAGGUUAUGAUGCUAACUGAUUGAUUUUCCUGCGGCCCCUGGCUGGAUGAUUCAGUUAACAUGUAGUGUUAUAGUCCUAAUCAUCACUCUGUUUUAGUGUGCAUCUCAAUCAGUAUCAUUCCAAAUAUUCUGCUUGUCCCUUUAAAUGGCUACAGGCCACACAGCUGAUCUGGGAGAAUGAUGAGUAUAAUAGAUGGCUACAGGCCACACAACUGAUCUGGGAGAAUGAAGAGUAGAAUAGAUGGCUACAGGUCACACAGCUGAUCUGGGAGAAUGAUGAGUAUAAUAGAUGGCUACAGGUCACACAGCUGAUCUGGGAGAAUGAUGAGUAGAAUAGAUGGCUACAGGCCACACAGCUGAUCUGGGAGAAUAAUGAGUAUAAUAGAUGGCUCCAGGCCACACAACUGAUCUGGGAGAAUGAAGAGUAGAAUAGAUGGCUACAGGUCACACAGCUGAUCUGGGAGAAUGAUGAGUAUAAUAGAUGGCUACAGGUCACACAGCUGAUCUGGGAGAAUGAUGAGUAGAAUAGAUGGCUACAGGCCACACAGCUGAUCUGGGAGAAUGAUGAGUAGAAUAGAUGGCUACAGGUCACACAGCUGAUCUGGGAGAAUGAUGAGUGGUGAAGUCCCAAAUGGUACCCUAUUCUCUAUACAGUGCACUUCUUUUGACCAGAUUCCUAUGGGUCCUGGUAGAAGGUAGUGUUCUGUUAAAAACAAAAAUGCUAUUGCAACCUCUAUGCAAUAAGGAAUUGAGACCAAAAGCUCAAGAGGAGUUUUGAGUGUUUUUAAUACCAAGGAUACAGUCAGCUGAGUGCACACAUUUAGAAAGAUCACAACACAGUUUAUACUCUUCCCUUGUAGGCGUCACCUCCCCAGCUAUACAGUUUAUUAUACUCUUCCCUUGUAGGUGUCACCUCCCCAGCUAUACAGUUUAUUAUACUCUUCCCUUGUAGGCGUCACCUCCCCAGCUAUACAGUUUAUACUCUUCCCUUGUAGGUGUCACCUCCCCAGCUAUACAGUUUAUUAUACUCUUAUAGGUGUCACCUCCCCAGCUAUACAGUUUAUUAUACUCUUAUAGGUGUCACCUCCCCAGCUAUACAGUUUAUUAUACUCUUAUAGGUGUCACCUCCCCAGCUAUACAGUUUAUUAUACUCUUCCCUUGUAGGUGCCACCUCCCCAGCUAUACAGUUUAUUAUACUCUUCCCUUGUAGGUGCCACCUCCCCAGCUAUACAGUUUAUUAUACUCUUCCCUUAUAGGUGUCACCUCCCCAGCUAUACAGUUUAUUAUACUCUUCCCUUGUAGGCGUCACCUCCCCAGCUAUACAGUUUAUUAUACUCUUCCCUUGUAGGUGUCACCUCCCCAGCUAUACAGUUUAUUAUACUCUUCCCUUGUAGGUGUCACCUCCCCAGCUAUACAGUUUAUUAUACUCUUCCCUUGUAGGUGUCACCUCCCCAGCUAUACAGUUUAUUAUACUCUUGUAGGUGUCACCUCCCCAGCUAUACAGUUUAUUAUACUCUUGUAGGUGUCACCUCCCCAGCUAUACAGUUUAUUAUACUCUUCCCUUGUAGGCGUCACCUCCCCAGCUAUACAGUUUAUUAUACUCUUCCCUUGUAGGUGUCACCUCCCCAGCUAUACAGUUUAUUAUACUCUUGUAGGUGUCACCUCCCCAGCUAUACAGUUUAUUAUACUCUUCCCUUGUAGGCGUCACCUCCCCAGCUAUACAGUUUAUUAUACUCUUCCCUUGUAGGCGUCACCUCCCCAGCUAUACAGUUUAUUAUACUCUUAUAGGUGUCACCUCCCCAGCUAUACAGUUUAUUAUACUCUUCCCUUGUAGGCGUCACCUCCCCAGCUAUACAGUUUAUUAUACUCUUCCCUUGUAGGUGUCACCUCCCCAGCUAUACAGUUUAUUAUACUCUUCCCUUAUAGGUGUCACCUCCCCAGCUAUACAGUUUAAUAUACUCUUAUAGGUGUCACCUCCCCAGCUAUACAGUUUAUUAUACUCUUCCCUUAUAGGUGUCACCUCCCCAGCUAUACAGUUUAAUAUACUCUUCCCUUGUAGCAGUCACCUCCCCAGCUAUACAGUUUAUGGCCCCAAUGAGAUUCCCUCCUUUCCCCUGUUGAAUGUCCAUGGUUCUCUCUUUGUUUAGCCAGAUGUCAGAAUCGCACGCCGUCCAUCUUCUGUUCUGGGCCUGACCCUGCCCUCUGAUCCUAGACAAUUUCCUCUUAUCUGAUUAGUUCAACAUUUCUAAACUAGCAUACACACAGUUUCAUGGCCUGAACUCCAUUAAUACUCGCAGUAAUCUUUCACUAAAUAGGAUACAAACAAACGACAGUUUAACUUGAAACAUGUUACACUUUUAAUAGAAUCCAUCAGCAAUAUAUAGGGAAUAGACUGCCAUUUGGGACCAAAACAUAGUGCACUAUAUAGGGAAUAGACUGCCAUUAGAGACAUAGCCUUACAUCAGUCUAUUCAGUCCAUGUUUCAUACUUUAGGUUGACAACAGUUUUCACUAGAUGGCCAUGCUGCAAUGAGAGAAAUUCCUGUUCUUCUGUACACUGCAGCAUGGCUAGAUAGUGACUAGUGUUGAGAAUAUCACCAUAGUGAGCUGAUGACCACUAGGAGGAGCCGCUGUAAACUCAUUAGACACUUGAGGAUACAAAACAUUAUGAACACCUGCUCUCUCAAUGACAGACUGACCAGGUGAAUCCAGGUGAAAGCUAUGGUCCCUUAUUGAUGUCACUUGUUAAAUCCACUUAAAUAAGUGUAGAUGAAGGGGAGGAGACAGGUUAAAGAAGGAAUUAACUCGAUAUUAGGAAUGUGUUCCUGAUCGUAUUUACUCUGUGUAUGUUCUCCAUUUCUUUGUGGUGGUCUAGAGUUGAAUCUCAAACAACUUCAAUGAUCCCUGAAAAGCUGUAGUGCAAUGAUCAGUCAAAAGGUGUAGCCAGUCCAAUAUCCCUCAAAAGCUGUAGUCAGUCCAAUAUCCCUCAAAAGGUGUCGAUGAAGUAUUAUUUGUGUGUCUUUCUAACCUCCUGAUGUUAAUUCUGUCAGGGUUGGGAUCAAUUCCAUUUCAGUUCAAUUCAUUCCAAUUCCACAUUUUCCUCAUUGAAAAGCAUGGACUAGAAUUGGAAUCUGCUUUUCAGUGUACUUGUUGGAUUGACUGGAAUUCAAAUGGAAUUUGACCCCAACCCUGGUCUCUACAUAACAGAGUAGGUCUUCUGUCGUCCGGGCUAGUCAGACACUGCACAUCGUACAGAAAAUGGAGGCCCAUAAUGUUGAAGUUUUGUCAAUGAUUUGUAUUUUACCUGACUACUUGUGUAAUAUUUGUAUAUUCUGGUCGUAGGGUUUCAAAACUAUUUCAACAAGAUAAGUGUUUUAAUAACCAAACACGGACUUUCAUCCCCGAUUUCACUGUAGACCAAUUAUUUAAUAUUUAUUCUGUACAUAGAUAUUAUAGUCAAUCACCACAUUCAUUAUAUUCAUAUUUACAUAUAGAGCCUCUAGUUUAAAGGAGAUCUUAGUAUGUUUAAUGGUUGUCUAUAUUUCAUACACGAAAAGGCCACUUUCCUGAAUAUUUAAAGGGGCAAUCUACAGUUGCUAGAUUCAUUUUUGGACAUUUUAAAGUAAUGAUAUAAUACCAUUUAAUUCUAGAAGAAUAUGACUUUAAAAUGCCUCAGGAGCUUAGUUUUACCCCAUCAGAACCCAAAAUAUAAGCUUGUUUUACUCCAAUGUUUGUAAACAAUGUAAACAAAACACUAUAUCCUAAUGACAUGGUGAAAACUUCAAUUUUGAUGUCAUGGAUGGUCAGUCCCUGCAUCCAUAUCUCUAGGAAUUUGAGUGAUUACGUUUCUUCAGCUCAACCCCCCGCUUUUUACCGAAACGGUUGGAGACAAACACUUCGAUUUGGUUUCAACUGCUAGAUUGGCCCUUUUUAAAGGAGGUAAGAUGGAGGAAAGAAUUAUGACCCUUUAUGGUUGGUUACAAGCGUUUCACCAUGUUUUUAAUGAGAUUGUCCCUUACACGCAGUUGUGUUAUUGAAGGGUGAUUUUGUGUUGAAAAUAAAGUACUUUGUGUGCAUCACAGGUAUGCUGUAUGGCCAAAAGCAUGUGGACAACCUUUUAAAUUAGUGGAUUUGGCUAUGAACGGGUGUGGCCACCAGCCACACCCGUUCAUGACGGGUGUAUAAAAUAGAGCACACCGACAUGCAAUCUCCAUAGACAAACAUUGGCAGUAGAAUGGCUAUACUGAAGAGCUCAGUGACUCUCAACGUGGCACCCUCAUAGGAUGCCACCUUUCCAACAAGUCAGUUUGUCAAAUUUCUACCCUGCUAGAGCUUCCCCGGUCAACUGUAAGUGCUGUUAGUGUGAAGUGGAAACGUUUAAGAGCAACAAUGGCUCAGCCAUGAAGUGGUAGGCCACACAAGCUCACAGAAUGGGACCGCCAAGUGCUGAAGCCUGUAAAAAUCAGUCUGUCCUCGGUUGCAACAUUCACUACCGGGUUCCAAACGGCCUCUGGAAGCAACGUCAGCACAAUAACUGUUUGUUGGGAGCUUCAUGAAAUGGGUUUCCAUGGCCGAGCAGCCGCACACAAACCUAAGAUCACCAUGCGCAAUGCUAAGCAUCAGCUGGAGGGGUGUAAAGCUCGCCACCAUUGGACUUUGGAGAAGUGGAAACACGUUCUCUGGAGUGAUGAAUCACGCUUCACCAUCAGGCAGUCUGACGGAGAAAUCUGGGUUUGGCGGCUGCCAGGAGAAUGCUACCUGCCCGAAUGCGUAGUACCAACUAAAGUUUGGUGACGGAGGAAUAAUGAUCUGUGGCUGUUUUCCAUGGUUCGGGCUAGGCUCAAAUGUUCCAGUGAAGGGAAAUCUUAAUGCUACAGCAUACAGUGACAUUCUAGAUGAUUCUGUGUUUCCAACUUUGGCAGCAGUUUGGGGAAUCCUCUUUCCUGUUUCAGCAUGACAAUGCCCCCGUGCACAAAGCGAGGUCCAUACAGAAAUGUUUUGUCGAAAUCGGUGUGGAAUAACUUGACUGGCCUGCGUAGAGCGCUGACCUCAACCCUAUCGAACACCUUUGGGAUGAACUGGAACGUCGACUGCGAGCCAGGCCUAAUCGCCCAACAUCCGUGCCCAACCUCACUAAUUCUGUUCUGGCUGAAUGGAAGCAAGUCCCCAGAACAAUGUUCCAACAUCUAGUGGAAAGCCUUCCCAGAAGAGUGGAGGCUGUUAUAGCAGCAAAGGGGGAGGGGGGGGGGACCAAUUCUAUAUUAAUGCCCAUGAUUGUGGAAUGAGAUGUUCAACAAGCAGGUGUCCACAUACUCUUGGUCAUAUAGUGUAGACAUCUAUGAUUUUGUUUUAAGAUUUGGACUGGUGCGGACCAACCAAAAUGUGGUCUUGUUUUGGGGCAGAGCUCAUUAAAACAAGGUUAUUACAUA